AUUUAGACAUUACGUAUAAAUUAGUUUAGGCUUUCGAAUAUGAUUAUAAACUUGAAUUUUAAAAAAUUUAAUGAAAAAUUUUCUUGAAGAAUUUUUUGAACGAGUACGCUAAUAAUCAACAAAACUAUUUAGAGACAGUUGGAUCUGAUACAGACCUUUGUUUAGUAUGCCAUCAGAAUCAUCUAACUCAACUGUUACAAGAAGCAGCUAGAAAUAAAGAAUUUUUUUUUAUAGUGGAUACGUUUAUUGAUUGUUUAAAUGUAAAGAACAACGUCAUAAAUAUAAACAAAAGAAAGUCGUUUUAAAAACUUUAUGAAUCAGUAGACGACUUUGUCGGUUGAUUGAAUCACUAGAGUGAUAAAUUGUAAAAAGAGUCAACAUAAUCAACAAGAAAGAGUCUAAUAAUCAACAAGAAAGAAGUUUUGAUGAAAGGUUGAAAUAGACAAAUUUAUUGAACGUAGUUGUAAAAGUUUUACUUAGCUCUGGUGUUCAGUUAUUUAGUCGUAAAAAAUUUGCAGAAAGGUAUUCUAUCAGCGUUUUUAACUAGAAUAUCUAAGCAAUCAGAUCACAGCAUUCAGUUUAUCUAAUUACUGGUAUUUUUUAAUAAAAUCUUGUUAAUGGAGGGAAAAAGUUUCCAUAUUGAAAAAAAUAACCAAAUGGAGUUGUUCAUUCAUCAUGUAUUUCUCACUCGACAACUGCCCUACAGAGAAGAAGAGGAAAACAGUUCUGGAACGUUAUUAAAACUUGUCUAUAGUUAUUUACCUAACAAUAAAACGCCAAUGCCGGGUCUAAAUUCCGUUCGAAAGACAAUGAAAAUUUGGAAAAGUAUACAAUGUAGCUCAGUAAGUGAAGUUCAAAUUAGGGACUCACUUGUUGCUUUGGAGCCCGGUCAAACAUUUGCUAUAUAUGUUCGAGCUCAUAAUUCUGUAAUUACUGUUAGAUUAUCUAAUGACAAUAAUGCUCUUAUGAGUGUGUUCAGAGCUUUACCAAGUAAUGAAAAGGUUUUAAUUGAAGGAGAUUUGUUUCAAACAUUUCCAGAACGAGCAGUUUCAAUUCCAUUUGAUCGGUUGUUAUCUGAUGCGUUUUCAAGGCAAGUUGCUAUAUUGUGCAACAAAGUGUACGAAAAUACAUUGACAACAGCUUUAAAAGCUGGUGUUAAAUAUCCUGACUAUUUUGAUGUUGCCGAACCCGUGUUUGUUAUUUCUUGGUUGUUGGGAGCAAUGUCUGGAGCAAUACAAGGAGAGGAAAGUUUUGAGCGUGUUCACAAAGUAAUACGUCACGAGGUUUUAUACGGAAAAGGAUCUGAAAAUCCAUGGCGCCGUUCUGGAGAGUGGUUUGCAAUUAAAUGUGUUCUUCAAAUAAUGCUUGUGAUAGAGCUUGGAAAAAAUGAAGGAACAGUUGUUUACAAGUCUUUGAUGAUUUAUAUCAUGACUAGUUUUCUUGAAGAUCUUCCAGACACUUAUAAAGAUACUGAUAUUAUCAUGCAGAUGUUAAGCAAGGUAAGUAGAAGAAUGACAAAGUUGAAAAACUAUAUUGAUAGUUCCAACCAAAACAUGAAAUUAUCUAAUCAAACAAUUACAUGGACAAAUAUUGUAUUUAAAAAUGGAUGCGAUAUUUUGCUAAAAAGGAGACAUGAGGCAGACAAUCGCUGGAUUAACCACAAAAAAAGUUGUUCCAAGUUUGCAAUGGUUAAAAUAUUUGAGCUUCGCCCUUGUGAACAUAUAAUUCAUAACUUAAAUAGUUUGACAAUUACUCGGAUAGAGCAAGCAUUUAAACAAGAAAGCAACUCAAAAGUGGAUAUAAAAAAUUCAAAAUGUACGAGCCGCAAUACUUGGUCUGGAAAUGUAAAUUUUCUAUUUGAUAUUAGCUUUCUUGAAAACUCCAAUCAAAACAACGAAACAGAAAUAAAACUUUAUGAUUUUGAAGUUUGGGUAAGAACAGUGUUGUGGAAAGAUUUUUUGCUAAAUAUCACAGAGUUUCUUGAAAACAGUUCCCAGUUGUUUGAUUUGUUUUAUAAAUAUCUUGAAAUAAGUUUAGUCUUGUACGCUAAUGAUCCAGUUGGAUUAAGCCAAAUGGUUUUAACACUACUUCUAAUAACUGCCGCAUUAGAUUCAAUUGCUUUAAAAAAAUUUCCUUUACUGGCUGAAUAUCAUAGUAGUUUUGAAGAUAAGUACUUUGAUAGCUUACUAACACCAUUACUUGAAGAUAUGAAGUAUUUACAUUCUGUUAAAGGCUAUUUUUCAAAAAGAAAUACAUUGGCUAAUUAUCCAAGCAUCAUAUCAAACAACUUAAAUGAGAAUUCAUUUGGACCAAGGCUAGCUAAUAAAAAUGAAACAAUGCAACAAAUACGAAAAGAUAUUCUUAUGUAUGCUGAGAAACAACGUGAAAAAAAAAUAAUAGAGUUUCAACAAAGUUUUGAUUGUUACAACAAUUUGAUAGCAAAGUAUCCGAUAAGAAGUCAUUAUCAUUUUUGUAAAGCUAAUAAAAGAUGCUGUGAAUGUGAAACAUAUAAAAAAGCUUAUUAUAUGACAAUUGAAAGAUAUGAAGACCCGAUUCCUGAAAAUUGCGAUUGGAAACAAAAUGCUAUAGUUUUUGAACUGUCUAUACCAGUCAGUAUACGAUGUCUUCGUGAUGCUCUGGUUUUGGUUCAUAAUAAUUUAGAUGAAAAACAAUUUCAAAAGGUUUUUAUUGAACAGCAAUGGAAGUCACAUCCGCAGUUGGGUUCAUGGGUCAGUUCAGAAUGCCUAAAAUCUUUAGUUUCUAUUGGAAGUAAUGCUGCAUUGAUAUCGUCGUCCCGCUUUAGACUCCGACUAAUAAAUUCUUGUUCAGAUGUUCUUGUACCUUGUGGACUUUCUAUUAAACUUUUUAUAAAGUACAAAAAUGAAGACGUUGAAUGUAAGAUUGUUGAUUAUGAACAAAUAAAUAAAAAUUUUUACACAAUGAAAGUUUGGAACAAAUCUUAUGAAAUUGAUGAGACAUGGAUUGAAGGAACAACUCAUACAGAAAACGAAGUUUUAGCUUCUCAAAUAAAGUGUCCUUUGAAUCUUAAACUCGAUGAAUAUAAAGCAUUUGGUUCAUUACGAGCAGGUCACCGUUUACAACUUAGAAAGUUGCUUAAAGCAAUUGAAAUGCGUUCAUUAAGUUUUGAAAGCCCAACUGUAUUUGCUUUAAUUGCACAAGCACUAUGGCAAGCAGGGCCUGCAUUUAACAAAGAUAAUAGGAUACUAUCAGAUAAUAUUCAUGAUCCUGUUUUAUAUUUUGAAAGUCACUCUGAUCUUAAAAAUGAUGGAUUUUGUCAUGUGCUGAUAGAAACUUUAUCUAAUUUUUUAGAAAUCAUUAAAAAAAACUGGAAGAAACACAAUCAACUCCAUAUAGUUAUUAUAAUUACUCUAAGAAUUUUUUCUUUGUCAAGUGCUGAAAUUCGUUUUGAAGCAUCUGAGCUUUUAUUACGAUGCCGUUCAAUUGCUCAAAAAUGGGCUGAUGAAAUUGAACAUUUACUUUCUAAAUUGACGUCAGCAAAUUUACAUGAAAUCCAAGAAACGCGUUUAAAGCUAAUCGAUGUUGCUGCAUUUAUAGCGCUUACUUUUGACGUUGAUAGAUGCCAUGAAAAUAUAAUUAAUAAAGAAUCGCUAGUUUAUUGGCUACAAUCAGUAGCUCGAAUUCACGAUAAUGUUUGUUUAGGUAACAAUUGUUUUGAUACAGAGAGAAAUAAUUUGCUUCGAAGAGUCAGACAAAUAGGGUUGCGUUUUGAAAAUAUUGUUAGGAACACGUUUGAAAACACUUUAGAAAGUACAUAUAUAUUUAAUAAAUUUCUUUCAAUUCAUUGGGCAGAUUUUUGCAAAGGUAGUUGCAGUAAUGUUUGGGUAUCUCACUCACCACCAUCUCAAACAUGGUAUUAUAACACAUUUGUUUCCGAUAACUUAUCAGUAACAUUACAAGUUAAUGUUUUGAGUGGCAAGUUUCUUGUUGAUGGAAAUCCUGUCGGGCGCCUUCCAGAUACCAUUACUAAAUCAUCUGUUUAUCAAAGAAUUUUUGGUGAGCAUGUUUUUGAUGUGCAACCAUCUGCUGAACAAUUUUCUACAUUUAUAAGUGUUCACAAUUUUCAAGGCUCGAGGUUUUUAUUUUCUAAUCGAACACAUGGACAAGUAGUUGUGGAACGGUCCAGAUCAGGUAACGAGUACGAACUGAUUCCUUCUGACGUGUUUAACGGACUUUUCCCAAACCAUUUUAUUAAUAAAUACAGUCACUGGUUGUGUAAAAACACUAACAUCAUUUAUUUUCGACCCGUCAGAUUUGAUGACGAUAAUUUUUUUAACGCUAAAUCUGAAGAGCACUUCCCAUAUCAUUUUAAUGUAGAAAAUAAAACUUUAUACGAUUUACAAAGGAAGCGAUACUUAGUUGAUAUUAAUAGCAACACUUUCAAGGAAGUUUAUAGUUGCUUAAAUCGCCUUGAACUUAGAGAAUAUGUACAUUUAUGGGUAAGUUAUCAUAAAAAUAAUAUACAAGAAAAUUUUCAAAAAAGUGAACAACAGCUAAAGGAACUUGAAGAACAAAAAAGAAAAAAAUUUGGACAAACACAAAAUGAUAAAGAGCAGUAUCAAACAGAAAAAAAAUAUUUAGAAACAAAAAAAGAAAAACCGGAAAAUAUGCAAACAGAUCAAGAACAAUUUUUUACAGAACAAGAAAACAUGCAAGUAGAAAAAGAACAGUUUCAAACAAAAAAAAUGCAAAACGUUGCACUUAACGUAGAAUUACCUCGAAUGGAUUUAAGUUUUAAAGUUGAAGUAAAUACGGGUAAGUUAUUUUCUCAUGAACACGUGGGUUUAAUUGUAGCCAAUCAUCAAGGUAAUAUUGGAACACUUAUUGGACUAGAAAACAGUCUUUUGCUGCAUGAGGAUAAGCCAAUAGUAGAUAGAAAUUAUCUUGGUCAACAAAAAGUGUUAGUCAUUCCGCAUUCAGCAACUGUUGAGCUAAUAGAGUCCACCAAUCAUCAAAAUGUAAGAAUUAAUCUAAAUAAGUUACUUUCUCCACCUUAUUUUUCUUACAACAUUGACAACCGGCUAUGUGAACUCCGUGGCCCAGCAAAUCAUGAAGCUUGGCUUUAUCUCUCACUUCUUCAUGCUGCGACCUCGAGUUCGCUUCCAGAUCCAUUUACAAAGUUAACAGGAACAGAAUCUUCAAUGCGUUUGUUGCAGAUUGGACGUACAUUUUCAUGCAGACCGUUUGAUCAAAGCGCAAUACAUACUCUAAAUAGUAUUUCAAAACUUGCUCCGAAACGCAUAAAAAAAGAUGUGUAUUCGCAACAAUUGCAAACUGUCGCUUGGUUUCCAAAACUUUACUCAACUUAUGGCUACGAGGGUGUGGCUUUAGCAUCGAAUAUUUUACUUUAUCAUUCUGAUAUGUAUGAAAAACUGUUUUCAACAAUUGAAAAAAAAACAAAGCAACAUGAAAACAUCUUUACGAAAAGAGCAUACUGGCGUUAUAAAACACAAUUAAACUCUUGCGCACAUUUAGAUGUUGAAAACGAGAAACUCAUUGGCGGAGUUCCAAAAAGAGAAAAAGCGUGGUCUGAUAUUAAUGAUUGUCCGGAGAAUAAUGUUUCACGUUUACUAAUGGAAGAUUAUUAUAAACGAAAUGGCAUUAGUUAUGAUCCUUCUGGCUUAUGGGCCAUUGUUGAAGUUAAAAAAAGUAUAAAAAAGCCACAAGUAUUUUCAUUAUCUUCCGUGUAUGCACUUGAAGAGUUUGAUAUUCUAGACAAUUAUUUACAGUUAUAUGAAUUGGCUCAAAAUAUUCAUGACAAUGGUUUUGAUUUUUGUUUUUUGUUAUCUUUGUUAGCUUUUAAAGGCAAAAAUAAAGACUUGUUGUUUAGUCUUUUAGCAGUAGUUUUAUUUCAAAUUCAAGUAUAUCCUCCGUCUGUAAGAAAUUACGAGUACCUUAACGAAACAGAGUUUGAUUUAAAAAAAAUACGCAACGUAAUUAAAGAAGAAUUCAAUGACAUCAAUCUUAAAAGUAAGUGUUUAGAGGACGAAAAAAGUUAUAAUAAUUUCAAACAAAAUGCAGUUAUAAUGUUAGAAAACGCAGCUCAAAAACAAUGGGAAACAAAAAAAGUAGAUUUUUUUUCAAUUGGUGAGUCUAUAUUAUCCAAUACCAAUAAUAAUCACACAACUAUGUUUGCCGUAAAUCAAUUAACAAUGUCAUUAAACGAUGUUGUUAAUAUUGAUAAAAUUGAAGAAAAAGUCAAGAAUUUAUUUUUAAGAUGGAAAAACAAUAAUGAACUCAAAUUAUUUUUAAAUGAAGUAGAAUGUAAAAUCCGUUCAAAUAACUUGCAUUAUAAAAAUAAUAAUGCAAAAUUAUUUAAUCAAAUUUACUUUCCUCCGUUAUCGGAUACAAAACGCACUUAUCAAUCUUCUUCAAAAGCGUACGAAAUCAAAAUUCCGAUUAAAAAUCUCGAAGAAAACCAGGAUGCAAUUAGUUUGUUUCAAAAUAAAUCAUCUGCACCAAUGUUCUAUAUUAAAACCAAUUGUGAUACCUUAAAUCGAAAAAAUCAAUCUGAUAAAGUAAUGUCUUUUGUUGAAACUCUGACGGAUCAAUAUAAUUAUUAUGAUGAUAUAUCAAAUUUUAUGCAAACUAAUUUAACAAGCAGUUGCACAAACAUCCAGGAAAACAAACUUUCACAUUUAAAUAAAAAAAACUUUGAAAAUAAUAAAAUAAUUUAUGAAUGUCGAAGUUGUUUAUCUAACAGUAAAUCAAAGAGUUUGUGGAAAGAAGUAGAAGAUGCCUUUAUGCCUCAAAAUGAUAACCAUUUGGACUUUGCUCUUUUAUACGGAGGAUUAUGGAGAAGGGUUACCCCAGUUACUAUAAUUCCAUGUAUAUUACCAUUAGAAUCAUUGGCAUGCACAUUACUUGGAAUUAAUGCUAAAUAUGAAGUUCCACAGAGUGUUAUUAAUCGCAUUGGUGCAUUAAUUGUAUCCUGGACAAAUGAACAAAGAGCUAUUCGAUGUCUUAAACUAAUUCAAAAUAAAACUUUAAAUGCUGCUCUCUAUCAAGAAAUAAUUAACAUAGGUCAUGAAUAUUGGAUUCCUUCCUCAAACCCUGAGUGGCUUCUUUUUGAACUUGAAUCAAAUUUCCUAAUUCGUCCCAUUCAGAUUGAUGUUGCUCAGAGCAUUAUUUCUGCAAAUGAAAAUUUUGUUCAGCAAUUAAACAUGGGAGAAGGAAAAACCAGUGUUAUUGUACCUUUACUUGCAAUUUCUUUAGCUACGUCAAAACACGUUGUUAGAGUAAAUGUAUUACGUCCCCUUUUGAACACAAACUUUGAAUUACUUUCAGAUAAACUUGGUGGACUUCUUAACAAAAGAGUUUAUAUACUUCCUUGUAGCAGAGAUUUAAACUUGAACCCUUCGAAGAUACUGAGAGUUUACCGAAAAUGUCUUUUUGGACGUGGAAUAAUGCUGACAACACCUGAAUACCGUUUGUCCCUUAAUUUAAAAACAUUGGAGCAUUGUCUUAAAAAAUCUCGAGAUGCAAAAAAGCUUUACCGAUUGCGUUGCUGGAUUCAGAAACAUGUACGUGAUAUUUUGGAUGAAGCAGAUGAGAUAUUAAACGUUAAAUAUCAGGUUAUUUACACAAUUGGUGAACAGUUACUUGUUGAUAGUGGUGAACUAAGAUGGAUAAUUUCUCAAGCUGUUUUAAAGUUAGUUAAUAAAUUUAUUGAAAAUAUAUUCAAAAUAUACGGAGAAAACUACAUUGAAUAUUAUAAAGACGAUACUCGAUACGACUCAUUUUCACAUAUUCGUUUUCUUAACAGCAACAAGAAUAUGUAUGAAUAUUUAUGCUGUCUAAUUGUUGACUCCAUUCUUAAUAAUGAGGUUCCGGAAGUUUCAGUAGCGGCAAAUAUGAAACAACGUGAUAAAGAGAUUGCUAAACUAUUUAUUACCUCUAAUGACAUCAGUAAUCUAGAGAGUAACAAACGUUUAUCAAAACUUUUUAAAAAGAAUCCUUUUUUAAAAGAAAAGUUGUUAGUUUUGCGUGGACUUCUUCUCUUUGAAGUUUUACAUAUGGCACUUCAAAAACGUUGGAGAGUUAACUAUGGCGUUAGUCUUUCAAAACCUUUUUCAAAAAUGGCUGUACCAUAUCGAGCUAAAGAUGUUGCUUCCGAAAGAACUGAGUUUGGUCAUCCUGAUAUGGCUAUUAUUUUGACACAAAUUAGUUAUUAUAUGAGUGGCCUUAGUAAAAACCAGCUUGAUGAGGUAUUUAUAAAUUUAGAAAAGUCCGCAAACAAAGAAGUUCAAUAUGAACAAUGGAUUACAUCUAUUGGUAUUGCCAAUGUACCAAAAGAUUUGCGCGAACUAAACGGCGUUAAUCUAGACAGUAUUAAACAAAAAAAAAAGCUAUAUUCUUUAUUAAGUUACAGUAUGAGUGUCAUAAACUUUUGGUUGAAUCAAGUGGUUUAUCCACGAGAAGCAAAACAGUUUCCCCAUAAGAUUUCAACAUCGGCUUGGGAUUUAUGUUUGAAAAAGGAUCAUGGAUUGAAAUAUAAAAACUAUACUUCUGGAUUUAGUGGCACAAAUGAAUUACAACUGCUUUUUCCAUUAAACAUUAGACAAAAUGAUUUGUCUAAAGUUAUAGGCACAAACGCUAUGGUUUUAAGCUUUUUACUUCAACCAGAAAAUAAAACCUAUUAUCACAAUAAUUCGUGUCUAAAUACUAUAGAAGAAUGUAUUUUAAAAAAGCUAGUUGAAACAAAAGCUUGUGUUUUAAUUGAUGUAGGUGCACUAAUGUUGAAGAUGGAUAAUGAAAAAGUUGCCCAGGUAUGGCUCAAGCUUUCAUUAGCAUCUGAUGUGUCUGCAGCAAUUUAUUUUGACAAAGAAGAUAGAAUAAUGGUUUAUGAUAGAAAAGGUCGUAACUCUUUACUUUCUGUUUCUCCAUACUUUCACAAACUCAAUAAGUGUGUUAUAUACCUUGAUGAUAUUCAUACUAGGGGAACUGAUUUAAAAUUUCCUGUUCCAGCAACUGCUUGUGUAACAUUGGGUGAAGGACUUACAAAAGACCGCCUUGUUCAAGCAUGUAUGCGUAUGCGAAUGCUGGGAAAUGGACACAGCGUUUAUUUCUACGCCUCAAGAGACGUCCACACAUCUAUUGUAAAUCAAAUAUCUUGGGACAGAAUUCCAGAAACUUCUGAUAUCCUAAAAUGGGCAAUUAGUAACAGCUGUAAUGCUAUUCGCGACGGCUUUUUGCACUGGUCUUCUCAAGGACUUCGAUAUGCUACUAAAGAAGCUGUUGAAUUUUCUAUAUUUAAAAAUAAAAUACGAAAAAGAAUCUUAAAAAUAGAUAGUCUCCAAGAACUUGGUAAUAGGUGUUCUGAAAAUGAAGUAAUAAAACUGGAAAGUUUUUACGGAGGAACUCGAUCAUUAGACACUGUUCCUAAAAUUGUUGAGAAUAGUUUAAAUGAAAGAAUUUUCUUUUUUAAGGACAAUAACGAAGCAACCAAAUCCUUUGAAGAAACAAUAACCUCAAUUGGAGAAAAUAUUAUUUCUCGCUGCAGUCAGUAUGUAUCUGAAUACAAACGUUUUGCAAGUAUCCUUAACGAAGAGCAAGAAAGAGAGCUUGAAGCUGAGCUGGAAGAAGAACGUCAGGUUAAACGUCCUUCUCGUCAAAAGCCACAUAAACCAGUUUUGUCAAAAGAAAUUGUUGACUUAGUCAAAACUGGUAAUAUAAAUCAUAGAAGUCAUGUUGAGAUUUUGCCCAUAAAUAAAAUUUUUCAAAAUACGAAUCGAAUUUCAAAGUUGACUCCAAUGAAUGGUUGGAGUCCUAACUUUAUGGUUUCAAAGGAGUUUACUAUGGUUAUUGAAGAUAGUAAGAGAGGUGAUGAUUUUCUUUUUGAGAUUUCAUGGGUGAUAGUAGUUUCUCCAAAGAAUAAUACUGACCACAAUACCUAUAUUUUGAUUAGUUCUUAUGAGGCAAAUGAGCUAAUUCCAAUGUUUCGUUUAAUCAAGAAAAACUGUGGUGUAAGAUUACAUAUGUUUGCACCUCGUUUACGUCGUAAUCAAAACAUACUAAUUAAUCAAAAUUCUCUUGUUCUUCCUUAUUCGGAAACUGAAUUGUUAGAUGAUUCUUUCAUUGCUCAACUUUCUGUAUUAGCUGGUGGACUUUUUUUGUUAAAUAAAGAUGAGGAAGUUGCGUACUCGAAUUUUCUUGGAAUUUUUCAAAAUUUUUCUUUUAACAAUGCUUUAGAAAUUGAUGAAUCUAGUUACAUUCCACCAUGCAAAAAAAGAAAAUUAGAAACUCAGAAACGUAAUUUUAAAAAAAAUAUUGUGAAGUUUGCAGUAGAAAUUUUGCGUGCACGAGGACGAUGCAUGGGUUUCACGUUGUCAGAUGUUUGUCAGUUGCUCUUUCAUCGAACUAGAAACGCUUCUUUAUUAAAAUUUUAGUUAAACUGAGAAUAAAAUUUAAAAAUAGAACAAGUGAAUUGUUCAAAUUUUUUUUAAACUUAUUUAAGUUUUGUUUUUAUCUUUGCAUUUUUAAAAGCCAUCAGUUUUGAUACGGUAUAAAGAUUAACGGAGUAAAAUUUUCGAGAGAAGUAAAUUUUGUAUUUUAUUAUGUGUUGUAAGGUUAAAAUUGCAUCUUCAAAAAUUGAGUGUUUUAUUACAAGUACGUUUUA